AUGCGCCAACGGGCUGGUAUUUUAAAACAAUGCGAGAAAGACUAUUUAUGGAAGGAUGAAAACAAAUGGUGCGACUUUCCCUACAAUGUAGAUUGUGGCAGUAGAUUCAACCCUCAUCCACCACCACCUUCUGUAUGCUCAGGAUUAGACAAUGUGCUUCUUCCCGACUAUCAAGAUUGUUCCAAAUAUUACUUAUGCGCUAAAGGCUACGCUGUGCACAAGAAAUGCGACGGAAAUUACUUGUGGAAUGAUUUUAUGAAAUGGUGCGAUUUUCCAGAAAAUGUAGAAUGUGCCAAACCCCCAGGAACAACAUCUGCUCCAGUCCCAACAGAACCAGGAACUAAGCCACCACAGACCAACCCACCAGAAACUACCUCUAAACCAACUACUUCUAAGCCAACACAACCCGGUGCCUGCACAGAAGAAGGUAAAUUAUACCCAAAUCCCACAGAUUGCGGAAGCUUUUACCAAUGCAUUGGAGGCAAACAAAUCAAACAAAACUGCCCAGCUGGUUUGCAUUUCAGUCCUACAACUCUUGUUUGCGACUAUCCUGAAAAUGCAGGAUGUAAAUUGGUCAUUUUAACGAUUGCCCUGUGUGUUGCUUAUGUCGCUUGCGACGACAUCUGCAAGGGUCAAGAACACGGAUCCUUCCAACAAGACUCCAAAAAUUGCAGCAAAUACUACCAAUGCGUUAAUGGCAAAGGAGUUUCCUUGACCUGCCCAAAUGACUACUUAUGGAAAGAUGAAAAUAAAUGGUGCGAUUUUCCAUAUAAUGUCGAAUGUGGUGACAGACCAAAUCCUCACCCAGCACCCGAAUCCCUAUGUACUGGUCUUGAUGGAGUUUUCUUAGCUGACCCUAAGGUAUGCGCAAGAUAUUAUGUAUGCGCCAAAGGUUACGCCGUACAGAAAUCUUGUGGUGGAAGUCUCUUAUGGAAUGAUGCUUUGAAAUACUGUGACUUCCCACAAAAUGUAGAUUGUGGUGAUGCAGCAGUCGAGAAACCCCAUGUUGAAAGCGAUGAAAUAUGCAAGGAUCAACCAAAUGGAUCAUACCAUGAAGACUACAAAAACUGCAGCAAAUAUUAUCAAUGUGUAAAUGGAACAGCAAAAUCUCUAACUUGUCCAAAUGACUACUUGUGGAAAGACGAGAACAAGUGGUGCGACUUCCCAUACAAUGUAGAUUGCGGUAGCAGGCCAAACCCUCACCCAGCUCCAGAAUCACUUUGCUCUGGCUUAGAUGGCGUUUUCUUGGCAGAUCCUGAAAACUGCUCCAAAUACUACAUUUGCGCUAAAGGAUACGCUGUAUCUAAGGCUUGCGGGGGUAAUCUUUUGUGGAACGACGCAAUGAAAUAUUGUGAUCAGCCAGGAAAUGUAGAUUGUGGAGAAACUGCCACUGGAAAACCUCAACCGACUCACAAACCAGAAGAAAAUGGUUGCCCAGCUGUUGAUGGGCCCGUAGAUGUCCUCUUGCCCAACCCUGCUGAUUGCUCUACUUUCUUCAAAUGCUUCAGAGGAAAACCAGUUCUACACAAGUGCCAACCAGGACUUUUAUGGAAUGACAAAAUGAAAUAUUGCGACUACCCCGAGAAUGUUGAAUGCGUAACCAAAAUACAUGAGGGAGUCCAAACUUUAGUCAGAUUAGACAAUCAAUGUAUCAAAUAUAUUGCCGUAAUUUUAUUUUUUGUAACCUUGGGCGUUUUUGCUCAAGUGCCUGUGGAUUUCUGUGAAGAUCAGUCAACUGGCGCAACCAUCGACAACCCUUACAACUGCGCUAGUUUCUUCAUCUGUGAAAAUGGAACUGCAUGGCUUAUGUGGUGCCCUGGAGGUCUUUUAUGGCAUUCGGAGAGACACAGAUGUGAAUACCCUGAUUUGGUAGAUUGUGGUAGCAGACCCACAUUUACCACACCACCAUCUACUACUACGGAAGCUCUUCCUACAACUGCUGAACCUGGUCACCCGACCACCCAACCAGCUUCUACGACUAGAAAACCUGAUCUGACUACAAGCCCAACAAAUAUACUGAGCGGACAAAACAUGGGGUUUUUAAUUGGAAGCACGGCGCUUUUACUGCUAAUAAGCAAUUUUUCAAUUGAAUCUGCAGUAAUAUCGACUUAUGCACCAUUCACUAGUACUAGUUGGCCCCAAGACUGUGCUGGACAACCUGAUGGCACCUAUAUUCGAGACCCAUACGAUUGUGCAAGCUUCUACACAUGUGAUAACGGAAUUGCAUUAAAGCAACAUUGUCCAAAAGAUCUUUUAUUUAACACAGAAUUAAAUGUUUGCGAUUAUCCGCAAAAUGUGGAUUGUGGCGAUAGACCUAUUGUAACGACUACAACUUCUUAUCCAGAGACUACCGAAGCAUGGACUGAUAUGACCACUUUGUCAUAUCCACCAGAAUCAACAUCGACAGAAGAACCAACUACACUUCCACCAACAACUACGGAAGAACCAAUAUAUACUGCAACAGAAACAGAACCAACUGAAAAGCCAACUCCAUACCCAACAGAAACCACUUCAAUGGAAGAGCCAUCUGCAUUUCCAACAGAAACAACUUCAACAGAGGAACCAACAGCAUUUACAACAACAACGCCUGCGCCAACGGAAGGUCCAACUGCAAAUCCAACAGGAACAAUUUCAACGGCAGGUCCAACUCAAUAUCCAACAGAAACUAUUCCAACGGAAAAACCACCACCGUCGACAUCUGGAUACCCAACUACCACUGAUUUGCCAGAACUAAUUACAAAUGUCCCAGAAAUAAUACCAGCAGAAGAACCAAAAGAUGAAGUACCAGUCGAAACUAAUCCUGCCAUUUUAUGUGAAGUGUUUCCUGAUGGGGCUUUCAUUCCAGACUCUAGAGAUUGCAUGCGAUACUUUCGUUGUUACCAGAAAAUAGCAUAUAGCCAAUCCUGCCCGGCUAAUCUGCAGCCUGGUCGCAGGAGAUCAGUGCGCAGGUCUAAAAGACGGAACCAUGUUAGCAGACAGUGCGAAUUGCUCGAAAUUCUACAUUUGCGACGGACAACAAGCUUGGCAUUUGGAUUGUCCAGGAGUUUUACUUUGAAUACCGAAAUAGAUAGCUGUGAUUUUCCACAAAACGUCAACUGUGGAGACAGGCCUCUACCAGAUCAGCCGUUGGAAUCUAACCUUAAAGUAAAGACGGGUAUCACCAGUCCCAGAAAUCGAGCUGUCCGAGCAAUCAAGAAAGUUACUUUCCUGGCUCUGUUCCUGGUUGCUCUUAGCAGCCUGGUCGCAGGAGAUCAGUGCGCAGGUCUAAAAGACGGAACCAUGUUAGCAGACAGUGCGAAUUGCGCGAAAUUCUACAUUUGCGACGGACAACAAGCUUGGCAUUUGGAUUGUCCAGGAGUUUUACUUUGGAAUACCGAAAUAGAUAGCUGUGAUUUUCCACAAAACGUCAACUGUGGAGACAGGCCUCUACCAGAUCAGCCGUUGGAGUAA